ACUUAUAAAAAACAUAUUGUAAAUGUGUGCUUAACAAUGGUUAUUUACGGUGUUUAUAUCGUAUCAAAAUCAGGUGGACUAAUUUUUAAUCACGAUCACAAUGUUCCACGAAUUGAGAAUGAAAAGACAUUUAAUUACCCGCUAGAUAUAAAGUUAGGUUAUGAAAACAAAAAGGUGGUUGUAUCAUUUGGCCAAAAGGAUGGAAUAAAUGUGGGUCAUGCAUUAACAGCAGUAAAUGGAAGUCCUGUGGUAGGAAGAGAAUUAGAAAAUGGAAAAGAUGUAUUUGAACUGCUUGAGCAGCCAGAAAAUUUUCCUGUAUCGCUCCGAUUUAGUCGUGCCAGAAUGACAACGAAUGAAAAGAUUUUUCUAGCAUCUAUGUUUUAUCCUUUGUUUGCAAUUGCUAGUCAGUUAAGUCCUGAACCACGUUGUUCUGGAAUUGAAAUUUUGGAAGCUGAUACAUUUAGAUUACAUUGUUACCAAACAUUAACUGGUAUCAAAUUCAUUGUCGUCGCCGAACCUACACAAAGUGGAAUAGAAAUUUUAUUGAAAAGGGUAUUUGAAUUAUAUGCGGAUUAUGCUUUAAAAAAUCCAUUUUACUCAUUGGAAAUGCCAAUCAGAUGCGAACUGUUUGAGUCCAAUUUACAGACUUUGUUGGAGAAUGUUGAAAAGUCUGGCGCUGGUACCGUUUAAUGAAAUCUAAAAGUAAUCUAUAAAAUAGAUCAGACACGUUUAAUACUGGUGCCGCUCGAAUGGGGUGAAUUUGUUAAAUAUGUUUAUAUUUGACAGUGUAACAUAGACUAUGUUGUAAAUGAUAAUAAAUGUAAACGAUUUAAGUUUUCAUAUUUAAUAUGAAAUA